AUGGAUAAGCCAGUGAAGCUAGCGAAAGUAACUAAGAUUCUUGGACGUACUGGUUCUCAAGGACAGUGUACGCAGGUGCUUGUUGACUUUAUCGAUGAUCCUUCAAACCGUUCAAUCAUACGAAAUGUGAAAGGACCAGUUCGAGAAGGUGAUAUUUUAACGUUACUGGAAGCAGAAAGAGAAGCUCGUCGACUUCGUUGA